AUGCUGCCGUUAAAAUACUUGUGGACACUGUUAAUUGCCUUCUGUGCUAUUGGCAAUCAACAUUGCCAGAUAAUAUACUCCUAUAGCGAAGAGUAUAUCAAAACUACUAAAAUAGAAUGUGCUCCCAGCCCAAAGUACUUCUACAACCACAGCUGUCGUCUGAAGCCUAUAAAUCGCUACAAAACUCUAGCCUUUAUGGAUACAUAUAUACGAGAUGCACUUAGAAAUGUAUCUGUCAAUAUUGGCGUAUAUGCUCGAAAUGACGUCAACCUUUAUAAGCCAUUCCUAAUCAAUACUACACAAAAUCUUUGUUGGUUUUUGGAGAAAAAAUUUUGGGGACCCUACCUUAGGAUAUUUAUUGAUGUUAUCAGCAAAUAUUCAAAUGUCAAUCACUCCUGUCCAUUUACGGGUUCACUUUUUGUAAAAAAUCUUUUUAUCGAUCGAAAGGUUAUUCCUGUCGCAUUUCCCAGAGGAGCCUAUAAAAUUCUGUUGAUCUUUUACGAAGGUUAUCCUUUGGAUUAUAUGGGAACGGUGGCAUACUAUGUCGAUUUGCUUGAAAAGAGAACAACUCCACUACGGAAAAUAAUCCUGCAAAAGUUGAUCAAAUGGUCACAAUCGAAAAGAAACUUGUCAUGGCUCGACGAAGUUUUGAUUGCGGAAGCGGAAUUCGAUAAAGGAUUAGAUACUGAAGGCUGUGACGCCAAGUCUGCCGUUGCGUUUUCCAAGCUCAUCAUGUACUGA